AUGUCGAAGAGCCGUAUGCCACUUUUCUUGGGUCUUACCGCCGCCGGUGCGGGUGGGUACUACCUCUACCGCUCGGGCGGAGAUGUCAAGGGCGCGAAGCAGGAGAUGAAGAUUGAUGCCGACAAGGCACGCGAGAAGCUUCCCCGCGGCGAGAGUGCCGAGCGGGCGGGCGCAAACGCCGGAAAGGAAAUGGGUGCCGUUGCUGAUGAAGCUAUCAACAACGCCCGCUCCAAGUUCAAGUUGGACGAGAAGAUCCCCGAGAUGAAAUCCGAGGCAAUGAGCAAGUUCGAGGAUGGAAAGAACAAGCUUGAUGGACUCAGCAGCGAUGCGAAGAGCAGAAUCACAUCCGAGAUUGACCGAAUGGACCGCACUGUUGAGCAGAAGGCGGCUGAGGCUAAGGGCUGGUUUGGAAGCAAGAAAUAA